AUGGAGCCCCAAGUGUGUCCAAAAAUGGCCAAGACCACCGCGUCCGCCACCCUCGGGGAGCUCUUGAGGCGCAUCGGAGAAUCACAAACCGACUCCACUGGUGCCGGUUCCACGCCGCCUCAUCGCGUGGUCGAGCUAACCCACAAUUGUCCUCCUGACCCGAAAUCUAACUUCCCCUUCGUUCUAUCCUUCAAUAACCUUUCGUACAGCGUGAAAGUCCGCCGGAAACUGAAGUUCCCGACGUUGUUUCCGAGAAAGAACGAUGUGCUCGGCUCGCAGCCGGUGGAGAGUAAUAGCACUAAGGACAUGAAGAUCUUAUUGAAUGAUAUAUCCGGCGAAGCAAGGGAAGGAGAGAUCAUGGCCGUUCUCGGCGCAAGCGGGUCCGGCAAGUCGACGCUGAUCGACGCUCUCGCCGAUAGGAUCGCGAAGGAAAGCUUGAAGGGAUCCAUAAAACUAAACGGAGAAACCUUGGUGUCCAAACUCUUAAAGGUGAUUUCCGCGUACGUAAUGCAAGACGAUCUCUUAUUCCCGAUGCUGACUGUGGAAGAAACCCUCAUGUUCUCAGCCGAGCUCCGCCUCCCCCGGUCCCUCUCCAGAUCCAAGAAGAUGGCGCGCGUCCAGGCCCUGAUCGACCAGCUCGGGCUCCGUAGCGCCGCCACGACCGUCAUCGGAGAUGAAGGCCACCGCGGAGUCUCGGGCGGCGAACGGCGGCGCGUUUCCAUUGGGAUGGACAUAAUCCACGACCCCAUCAUCCUUUUCCUGGACGAGCCCACCUCCGGGCUGGACUCCACCUCCGCCUUCAUGGUGGUGAAGGUGCUCAAGCGCAUCGCGCAGAGCGGAAGCAUCGUCGUCAUGUCGGUGCACCAACCCAGUUACCGCAUCCUCAGCCUCCUUGACCGCUUGAUCUUCCUAUCCCGCGGCCACGUGGUCUACAGCGGCUCCCCUGCCGGCCUCCACGCCUUCUUUUCCGACUUCGGCCACCCCAUUCCCUCCAACGAGGACCGAACGGAGUUCGCCCUAGACUUGAUCCGCGAACUAGAAACUUCUCCCGGAGGAACCAAAGCCCUAGUCGAGUUCAACAAAUCCAGAAACAGAACAUCACUGAGAACACGCGAUUAUGAUCGCAUGAUUAUUCAAGGCACUCAGUACUCGCUUAAGGACGCUAUAAGCGCGAGUAUAUCCCGGGGGAAGUUGGUCUCCGGAGCGACAAACGAGUCGAAUCCGACGUUGUCAGUUCCGACGUUUGCAAACCCGGUGUGGGCCGAAACGUUGGUUAUCUCAAAAAGAUCAUUGUUAAAUUCGAGGAGAAUGCCAGAGCUGUUCGGGAUCCGUCUAGGGGCGGUGCUGGUCACCGGCGUCAUCCUGGCGACCAUGUUCUGGCACCUCGACGACUCCCCAAAAGGAGUCCAGGAGCGAUUAGGGUUCUUCGCCUUCGCCAUGUCCACAACCUUCUACACCUGCGCGGAGGCCAUCCCCGUUUUUCUCCAAGAACGGUACAUCUUCAUGAGGGAGACGGCGUACAACGCCUACCGCCGGUCCUCCUACGUCCUCGCGCACUCCGUCAUCGCCGUCCCUUCUCUCGUCUUUCUGUCCUUAGUCUUCGCCGCCACCACCUUCUGGGCGGUGGGCCUCACCGGGGGUUUCUCCGGCUUCCUCUUCUUCUUCUUCACCAUCUUCGCCUCCUUCUGGGCGGGGAGCUCCUUCGUGACUUUUCUGUCUGGCAUUGUUUCGCACGUGAUGUUGGGGUACACGGUGGUGGUGGCGAUCCUGGCGUACUUUCUGCUGUUCAGCGGGUUCUUCAUCAGCCGGGACAGGAUCCCUCCGUACUGGAUAUGGUUCCAUUACAUUUCUCUGGUGAAGUAUCCGUACGAGGCGGUUCUGCAGAACGAGUUCGCCGACGGCGUGAGGUGCUUCGUGAAGGGGGUUCAGAUGUUCGACAAUACGCCGCUGGGAGCGGUGCCGGAGGAGGUGAAGCUGAGGUUGUUGAAGAGCAUGAGCGGUGCGUUGGGUGUGAACAUUACCAGCUCCACUUGCGUGACGACGGGGUCGGAUAUUCUGAAGCAGCAGGGGAUUACUGAUCUAAGCAAGUGGAGUUGCUUGUGGGUGACUAUUGCAUUGGGUUUUUUCUUUAGGAUUUUGUUCUACUUUGCUUUGCUGUUUGGAAGCAAAAACAAGAGAACGUAAAAGUAUAUACAUAUUUGGUGUAUUAUCUUCUUCGUGUGAUUGUUGGCAAUGCGUGAACUGCUGAAGCUCAAGCAGUUAAUUGUUGGAAAUAGGCAUGCAAACACCCUUUGUUUUUUCCCACUCUCAAUCCUUUUCUACUAUUGUACUGCAGAAUUUUCCUCAUAUCAAUGUAAUAUUUAAUAAUUUAUAUU